UCUCGCCUUCCUCUUCCUGGAGCCGUUGCCAGCCCCCUGCCCGCCCGCCGGCCGCCAGCGCCAGGACACAAGGACUCCUUCCCUUUCCAGCCUGGAAAGCCCCCUCCUUGCCCCCCCAUCCUGAGCUGCGGGCCUGGAGGAGGGGCCUGGAGCCCCCAGCAGCCUUCCCCUUGCAGGACCCGGUCCCCCCUCCCCCCGCUGGGGGCGUCUAUGGAUGCGUGUCCUGGGAGAGAAGGCCCCGCAGCCCCCCUGGGCCGGCCCAGCCUGGCCGCUGCCCACUGGGGGGGGGGGGCGGUGUGCCAGGGCCUCGCCUAGGCAGACACUCUCAGGACCCCGGUCGGACCCCUCCCUGGGAACCCACGUGCUGGCACAGGUGUCCUGGAAGGUUUGGGCAGCGGGGGGAGGUGGCCCAAUGAGAAGCAGCAGGAGAAACCUCAGCCUCCGGGCAGAGAGCUGAGCGCAGCAGGUCUGCAGGGUGAGGGGCUGGGAGCCCACGGCCGCCGGGUGCAGGCGAUGAAAGAAGUGCCCUCCCAGGUGCAGCUGUGAUUGCAGGGCGCCUCCCCGGCCGUGAUUGCAGGACCCGGGUUUGCUGGGUGACCGACUCUGGGAGCCGCGGCUGAAUGAUGCCGGGCGUGGCUGUGCCCAGAAGCUGGGGGCCCUGGGGGGCCUGGUCUGGCCUCGCCCUGCUCUCGGCCCUCUGGCUGCUGUGGCUGUUCUGGGGGGCUCCUGGGGGAGUCCCCGCGCCCCAGCGCACACUCACCAUCCUGGUCUGGAACUGGCCCUUUGCCCACCGGCCCCCGGAGCUGCCCAGCGACACCUGCACCCGCUACGGAAUGGCGCACUGCAGCCUGAGCACCAACCGCAGCCUGCUGGCCCGUGCCGACGCCGUGGUCUUCCAUCACCGCGAGCUGCAGACCCGGCGGGCCCGCCUGCCCCUGGCCGAGCGGCCGCGGGGCCAGCCCUGGGUGUGGGCUUCCAUGGAGUCGCCCAGCCACACGCGUGGCCUUGACCGUCUCCGAGGCGUCUUCAACUGGGUGCUGAGCUACCGGCGGGACUCGGACAUCUUCGUGCCCUACGGCCGCCUGGAGCCCCGGGAGGGGCCCGUGCCCCCGCUGCCCGCCAAGAGCCGGGUGGCCGCCUGGGUGGUCAGCAACUUCCAGGCUCAGCAGCGGCGCGUGCAGCUGUACCGGCAGCUGGCGCCUCACCUGCCGGUGGACGUGUACGGCCGAGCCAACCAGCGGCCGCUGUGCGCGGACUGCCUGCUGCCCACCGUGGCCCGCUACCUCUUCUACCUGGCCUUCGAGAACUCGCAGCACCCCGACUACAUCACUGAGAAGUUCUGGCACAACGCCCUGGCGGCUGGCGCCGUGCCCGUGGUGCUGGGGCCCCCGCGGGCCUCCUACGAGGCCUUCGCACCCCCCGACUCCUUCGUGCAUGUGGACGACUUCGGCUCGGCCCGCGAGCUGGCCGCCUUCCUCCUGGGCAUGAACGAGAGCCAGUAUCGCAGCUACUUCGGGUGGCGGGACCGGUUUCGUGUGCAGCUGUUCAAUGACUGGAGGCAGCGCUUCUGUGCCAUCUGCGCCCGCUACCCCCACCUGCCCCGUGACCAGGUCUACCAGGACCUUCAGAGCUGGUUCCAGGCCUGAGCGCUGCUGGCAGUGG